CAAUAGUUUUGGUGGAAACUGUGUGUAUAGAAGCGACAAAUGACGCGAACACCGCGGACUAUUUAUCUUCGCGGAUGGAUACUGUAUUUGUUGCGAGUUAGUUUGUAAAGUUUUGUUGCACAGAGAGACUGAGGAGAAGGUCCUAUUUCAAGGGGAAUGAUUUCCACAGACUCUGAAGACUAUGACAGCGGUUUUCCCACUGACAGUGAAUCCAAAUCCCAACCAAGAACAUUUUCAUCACAAAAGGAAGACUUAUCCGAUUAUGGAACUGACUCCUCCUCACCAGAGAUGUGUAAAGUGCAGGCUAAGAAAGAUAACCCAUGUGAGGCCAAGAGUCAAGUGACCACUAUGGGCUUAAGCCAAGAGAUUGAAGAAAGGGAGCCUGCUAGUAAAGAUAAGGAUGAUGGGACUCACACAGUGACCUGCAUGGUAACCAUCUGUUUUGCCAUCCCAUCCCCACCCAAAAAAGAAGACUAUGAAUCACACACUGAUCAUAAGGGAAAAGGCAAUGGAAAGCACCACAAGAAGGUCAUUGAAGCCCCAAAAGCCCAGAAAUAUUUCCACUUUGAAUACUUUCUUCUGCCUGAAGACACCGAACCCACUAAAGUGGAUGUAGUGAUGUUUGGGGUUGUGGCCAAGCUGUAUAUGGAGCAUGAGACUCGGUUGUUAAAACCGUGGCAAGAAAAUGAGAAAACUUGGUUGAUAUGGAGCCAUAGUGUGGAACUCUGUGUCACAAAAGAAGUUUUAUUGAAAGCCUUAAAACAUCAGAUCCAUGUGAGCAUGUGGAGCACGAAAGACAAGGUGUCAGCCAAAGCCAGAUUUGAUCGACCAAAGGCAUUUAGAGUGUCGACUGUGAAACAAGGGGAAGAUCCUGAAGUUAAACAAUUAAUAUUGAAUCAGAGAAAAUUCUUUAAAGACAGUCUGCCGCGACAAAGUUUCAUUCUUGAGAAAAAUGGAAAUAUAUUGUAUCAGGAUGAUCACUAUACUCAAGAACUGAAAUCUGCAAAGAAUGAAAAAUCACCACCUCCCAUAUUCAUAGAACCUAUUAUGUCAAGCCUGGAGAGGCACAAUGCACUGAAAAGGUUAGAUAUGUCUAAUACCGGCUUAUGCGUUGUGGCUCAGUCAGAAAAAACGCCAGCGGAACAGACAGGAAAGCAGAAACCCGCUAGGAGCUGGACAGACCUGAAAGGCAAUUUACAGAAAGUCCAAUUGAACAUACAAUCUUCAAAAGAUCAGAAAAUAGAAGCAUCGUCAUCAAAGGGAGAACCUGGUGCUCUGAACCAUCUUAAGCUCUCUGAUACAGCGAUCACAGAUAAAGUCACAAAAAAAUCAGAGACAGAGAAGUAUGAAAAAGCCUCAAGUGUUCGAUCACUUCAAGGAGAAAGGAAGUGUUUAACCCUGAGCGUUAGUUUCAUGCCGCUCCUCGCGGGAGAUCUAUUUGUCACAAGUCGUCUGCAGGAGUGCUCACAUCAGAUACUAGACUGUUAUGUCACAUUGGCCCUAGACGCUCCUUUACUGUCAUAUCCACAAAGAUGUGAUCUCAACCCAUUGGUUAUUCGUAUACUUUCAGCAACAGGUCUCCCCACAUCACCAACACCAGUUAAUGUCUUACAGGAAAAAUGUAUCCCAGUGUACUGCAAAUACAGAUUCCAGGACUAUACUGUUCACCAAACUCAUGGACAGACACAUGGAACCCAUGUUUUUUUUAGAGAUGUUAAUGUUGUUUUUGUUGGAACAAUGAGUCCUGGAAAGCUGCUCCAGUUUCUUCUUGGUCCUCCUAUAGAGAUUGAGGUACAUGAUCGAGAUCAGAAAAUACAGGAGAAUAUCAGCAAGCCUUCACUUUUUGGAAUGGAGCCUGAAGAUGAAAAACUGAGUAAUGUCGGCCUUGUAACGUCCAAAAGUACUGUCCAUGACCCCUUCACAGAAAGAGACAGGUUGCCAGAUCCUUAUGGAAUUGCAAAAAUGAGAUUAUCUGACCUAGUUUAUGGUGCAGCAUACUUAAAUAUCUCUAUUCCAAUCCAUAGCUGUGAAAAUCCAGAUGCUACAAAAUAUAACCCCAACAGCAAAAAGGGUGGAAUUACAGGGUCAAUUGAUGAUGGGCAGAUUCCUCCUUUACCAGUAGGACAUUAUUUAGAUGCUCAGUCUGUUCUUAAGGUAAGGGUAGACCUGGCGGUACCUCUUUCUUCAGAGACUGUUGCUCCCGAUUGCCCUUACGGACGUAUGAUCUACAUUUUUGAUUUUAAGAACGAUGAGUUAUGUCAGGAUCUUAUAGGAAAGAUAAUAGAAAUCAACUGUCGUGCCCUUAACCUUGACCCUGACCCAGCAAAUCUGUCACUGGAUGUUCUCUCCAGAUUAUGUUUAACAGAUGAUCAGAAGGACGACACUUCCCUGGAUGUUAUAACUGGAGUUCAUGUCAUGGAUGGAGACAUUCACCUCUUUAUUUUAGAAGGUUUGAGGCAACAUGCUAUAAAAGGACUGUGGGAGACAGUACAAAGCAGAGCAGAAGAACAAAAGGGAAAGCUGGAGAUUCUGUACAACUCAAAAAUGGCUUUUCAUGAGCGUUUAUAUAAGGAUCUUGGAGUUUUGGUGUGUCACAUCCAUCUGCUUGAACCUCUUAGCUCCCUAGUAAAUCAGCCACUUCUCUACAUCAGAGACAUGGUUCCUCCAUUGUGCUUUCAAGCUUUGUCUAGGUUAGACUAUAUCUGCAGUGCUAAAAAGUUACGAGAUGUCAUUCAGAGAGACCUCCUGCCUUCAAUAGAAAUGAUUCACCUUCUGAGUCGAGAAUUUGGAGUCCCACUUAAACCUGGAGAUUUGUUUGCAGAUAAAGAACAAAUUUUCAGCAAAAAGCUGGUCAUUUCAGAGAAGGAAGAGAAAAGUCAAAGGUGUCUUUUGCAUAUACCCUUGGAUAAUUUUAAUACACCGUACAUUAAGUUCCAGAGGGAUAUUGAGAAUCAUAAGACCAAGGACCACAUUCAGAUGAAUAUCAACCAUGUUUGGCAGAUGAGCAAAGAGUUGAAAAAGCCUAAAGUGGAAUAUGUGGAGAUUGUUCCUGUGGAUGGGAUGACUGUUCACAAUUACAGCUCACAGACACUCAACUCUACAGAAGUGGCACACAGGAUUUUACGACAGAAAAUGGCUGCGGAACCAAAUCGCAGAUACACCUACUCUCUAGAUUACCAGUCAGCUACUGUGAGUCCAGUGGAUGUUGAACAGGAACCGAAAGACCUAGCUGCAAAAUCUACAGAGGAAUGGAUGACACCAAGUAGUUUCCUGUAUCCGGGAUUCAGAAGCAGCAUCGAAAGUAACAAGCAUCCCAAAAAACCAGAUGAUGCACGGAUCCUGGAGUUAACUAAGGCCUGGAAAGAAAAUAUUCUGCACGCAAACACCCUGCAGCCCACGCUCUCCCGGGACCACUGGAGUUGGGCAGAUCGGCACAUUGACUUUGAUGUGUUUAAGAAGUCCUGUCGGAGGGGUUCUCUGUCAGCCCCCAUCACUGCCCAUAUUACAGAUGAUAGUUUGCAGGAAGAACAUAUAGAAGCAAUCCAGCCUGAAGAUAUUAAGCAGAAAAUGAGAUUCCACCGAUGUUUGCCUCACACGGAGCUUACUGCACAGGGACCUCAUGCAAGUAACCAGCAGAGCAGACUUGAAGGCCUGUUAAAAGAUGGCGGAGCCAAGUUGUCUCUGAGAAGAGCUGGCCUUGCACUAAAGCCCAUUCCAGCAUUGGCCGUAAUAUCCAAAUCGAUAAGUAAUAGAAGUAAAACAGCGACCAAUGGCAAGGGAUUUAUUCCAGGAGAACUCAAAGAUCACAGCUUGAAAUGGACUGACAAUGUUAUUCCCUGCCCCAACAUGAACCAUGAAACAUUCCGAAAGCUAAGAGGAAAAGACUUUACCUCUUACUCUACAGACCAUUCAAUCAUUUACAAGAGGAAAAUAAAGGAUUUGAGCAGAGAAGAGAAAAAAUCCUUUAUCCUCUUAAAGUCUGGACAACCAAAUAUCAAAGCAAAUACAACACCAAAGAUGGCGGAUGAAUUUAAGAAUGUUAUCCAAAUCCAGAGCCAUGAAGGCUAUCUGCUUCACAUACAGUAACUGGAAACCACCCACCCACAUAAAGAUCACCUAUAUCAAUAAAAUGCCAUGUCAUAUGGAGUCAUUGUCUUUACUGUUGUGUUAUGUGUUUAGGAAUGAUUCACAAAGUGAAACAAUAUUAUGGAUUUUAUUUCUUUUAAAGCAAAAUUGUCCCAUUGACGAUACUGUGCUGUCUGCAGGAAGAGUAUUACAGAAGGCAAAAACAUUUUCUCAUGCCUUAAGGAAGUGAUGCACAGGCUGAACAGUACAAGAUAGAGAUGGGACAAUGCAUAGAUAUAGAUGUCAUUUGGGGUCUUUGAAAAGCUAGGAAACUGUAACUAUAGUCUUAUGACUCAGCAUAUGUUACCUGUAUAUAAGACAACGAGGACUCCAGAAUGCCUGGAUAAAAUAGUAUCAUAUUGUAUAUACACUAUAACUAUUCAAAAACUAAUAUAUACAUAAAACCCUUUCAAGCUCUGUGCCAUAAAAGUUCGGCAUAGCCGGAGAUCAGCUAAUGCAUUGCACUAUACAUGUACAGCACUUGCAUUCUCAGAAGCUUAACCCACACAAUGUGCAUCGGGAGCCUGGCUGUCACAUGUUCCCCAAAAUGGUACCAAUAAAAAUUACAGUUUGUCCACCAAAAAACAAGUUAUAGGCUUCAGAAUACAGUAACACAUUUGUUUUGGCACAAAACCAUUACAACAUAUAAAAACAUUCUAAAUUUGGUAUUGCCGUAAUUCUGCUGACCACAAGGUGAACACCAUAUAAAAAAAAUAACAAUGACAGAUUUACUGUUAUUAUCUUGGCUCCCCAUUAAUGCAAUUAAAACUGAUAAAAAUGUCAUAGGUACCCUAAAGUGGUACCAAUCAAAACUAGAGCUCGUACUGCAAAAUCGAAGCCCUUGCACAAUCUUGGGUUAACAUAACAUUAUUGCUUCCCCAUUCACACACUGUGGGACUGUUCAUGAUAGCCUAGCACUUUAUUCCACUAUAUUAGUCAGUCCCAUAGAAUUUAAAGAGGUAUUUCAGAG